AGAGCGCACUCCGCUAGUUGCUGUAUUCUAGUGGAAGCGCACGCUUCCUGCGGUCGCCCAAUCAGUCCUCGUUGUAGCGCUCGCGACUGCAGAGGCACUUCACACACGUCGGCGUCGCGAUUUUGCACAUCGGCGGUGAUAAGAGCUCGAGCCGCGACUUGAGGAGUCAAGCGGUCUGCCGGCACGUGUGUCAAAAGGUGCUUAAAAACAAGAGGGACGGGUGAAGUCAGGACUGGAGCGAGGUGUGGAGGCAGAGGAGAAGAGGAAGGGCGUUUAUCCGUCCGCUGAGCACCGCCCGGGUCGGGGAGCACAUCCUGGUGCUGCCCUGUACGCUGUGACCUCUGACCCUGGAAUCCCCCGCCUCCCCUCCCAUAACAAAAAGAGCCCUCGAGACCAAAUAUUAGAGCCCAUUUAGCUUCAUCUCCCCCCAUCCGACAGCCGCCUACACAAAGGAGAGGACGUCAUUAAACAAGGAGAGCUGAACAGAGAGAGAGAGAAAAGAGAGAGAGAGAGAGAGAAAGAGAGAGAAGAAAUAAGAAAAGGAGGCAGAAAAUAGCAGCCCAUUCAAAGUGAACUCUGGCGGCUAUUUCUGGGUUUCCUGCGGGCUAGCAGGGCGUCUGGUUCAGCCGCGAACUUGGCGGGCGGAAUAAAGGAUUCCCCGCGUCCGGCCCGUCCAUCCGAGGGUGCCGCGUAAAUACCAGAUACGGAUAUCAGCGCGAUUGGCUGCUUCCGACAGGAAACCCGGCGAAACCGGCUAACUUUAGCCGGGCCCCGGAGAAGGAGCCGGGCCAGGAGAUCGGCGCCCCGUCGCCUCCUCCAGAGGGGCGACUCCCCGGACCCCCCAAAACGCCAGGAGGUUCUCUCCGGCUCGAGAAGGAGAACCUUCCGGAAGCUCCUGACCGGAACGUUCCCGCACCCGAUAUCCAGCUCUGGCGAGAGAAAGGAGGACAAGAAAAAAAGUCCCCUAGGCGUCACCGGAGCGUCGGCGGAAGGCGAAGGAGGUGGUCGCGCAGAGAGGAGUGUCCUCGCUCUUCGGGACACGCCCACUCGCCCCUCCGCCUGCUUUGAUGUCUUUGACCAGCAGGGCGGCGCAGCAUGAAGCCCCUCACGCCCAUCGGCUCGCCCUCCCCCCUCCGGCUCCUGAACAAGGGGCCCGACUACCUGCGUAGGCAGAUGGACGGGGGCGGGCGGGGCCGCUCCGUCAGCGCGGUCGAGCGGCUGGAGGCCGACAAGGCCAAGUACGUGAAGAGCCAGCAGGUGAUCAACGCCAAGCAGGAGCCCGUCCUGGUGCCCUGCGCCACCCCGCCCCCGCCCCCCCGCCGGCCCCUCACCGUCCCCGGGGCGUCCACCGCCUCCUCCAUCCCCCGGCUGUCCCCUCGCCGCCUCCCCGCCGCCCCCUACUCCUCCCCCGGGCGGCUCGCCCCCCACGACCGCGACGAGAACGAGAACGAGAAUGAGGAGAACGACGCCAAGAAGGAGAACCGGCAGGUGGGCGUGGGCGUGGGAUUGGACGUGGAGGAGCGCAACCGUAGCAACGCGAACAAAGCGGGGUUCGCGGCGGUCGCCACGCCGAUGAAGACCACCAUGACGACGACCCCUAUUCUGCUGGUGGCCCCCCACAGCGCCCCCGUCCUUCGCAGGAGCACGGGGAAGAGGAUGCUGCGGCCCGACUCCCUGGUCAUCUACCGGCAGAAGAAGGAGUGCAAGACCCCCAGCGGGGGGGGCGGAGGAGGGGGGGGCACGGGCACCAACGGGGAGCUGAAGGGAUACAGCUUCGUCCGCCGGCUCUUCCAGGGCUCCAUGCGGGAGAAAAGCGGGGGCGGGGUGGAGGGGGGGUCCCCGAAAAUGGUCAUCAGGGAGGAGGAGAGGACCCCCUCGUGCGACGUGGACUCGCGCAUGUCCUGGACCAAUGAGAGCGGGCAGGAGAGCAGGAGGGCGGAGCGUCGGCCGGCCACGCCCGCCGGGACCUGCGCGCUGGAGAGGGCUCGAAACGAGGCGCACCUGAACGGGAACGCCAUCGGGAACGCCAUCGGGAACGCCAACGGGAACGCCGCGCAGGACUGCGGGGACCCCUGGGAGCCGGUGGUGCCCCGGCGCGGGGGGUCGCGGGGGGGGCUCCAGCGCUCCAAGUCGGACCUGCGGCUCCGCGGCUCGCUGGCGCUGUCCGAGCAGGAGCGCUUCUUCGACUUCUGCGGCCUGGACCUGGAGCUGGUGGAGCGGCUCGGACCCCACAACUUCCUGUCGGGCGCCAGCUCGGUGGACACCCUCUCGCUGGUCCUCCGCAGCGUGAGCGGGGGCGGGGGUGGUGGGGGCGGGGGCGGCGGCGGCGGAGGGGGCGGGGGCUCGGAGGCCAGCGAGUUCUCCCGCCGCUCGGGGGAGGGGCUGUUCCAGGAGGAGCUGACCGAGCAGCUGCCCACGGGCGUGUCCAUCAUUGAGAGGAACGCCCGCGUCAUCAAGUGGCUGUACAGCUGCAAGAACGCCGUCCACGAGGGCCCCAAAGAGUCCACCGUGUAGCUGACAAAGGAGUAUACUGCAAUAUAUUGUACAUAUGUGGACUAUAAUGAUACAUAUAUUUCACAGCAGCGUAUUGUGAAAUAGGAAAAUAUAUAUAUAUAUAUAUAUAUUUCAAUAUCUGCAACUGGAAAUAAUUUUUAUAUUUGCCCUUAUAUUGUGAAGUGUUGCAGUAUCUUGAUAACAUAUAUUUUGAAUAUAUUUUUCGGUAUAUUGCAUUAUCAUGAGGGUUCCUCUUGGGCCUGUAGGCUGGACUGAGGCUCUGUUCCUGGACUGUAGAAUUUCUACUCUAGACAGGUUGUUAUGCUGUAUUUAUGUUUUUAGUUUCUUUUUUUUUGGAGGGGCAGGUGGGUUUCUGAGGGGCAUUUCUGCGAUAAGUGCACUACUCCUCUACGACAAGUGGAAUCCUAUUCUCAUGCUAAUGAUGUUUGUUGUCUGUGAAUGAACGGUCGUCCUGACGAUGGUUAGGGGAACACUCCAUCCUUGCCCCCCUCCCCCCCGACUCCCCACCCGUAUUCAUUCCUCUUGCUCUUCCACAAUUAGCCAAUUAACUCUCAUCUCUUCAGUGAUGUCAUCUCCUUGGUUUCUCCCCCGCUACCCCGGAAUAAGAGGGCACAUAAAUUAUAGUAGAUGAGAACUGUGUGUCGGCACGUGUGUUGCCGCAGUCAUUUGUCAUGUUAAAUGUGCGAGAAUCCUCAUAUUCCUUCCUCUCAACAUGUAGUUUAUUUUGUAAAACCACUAAGCUGUUUUUUUUUUUUUUUGUUUUGUUUUUUGGUAUUUUUUUGUUUUCUGUAGACCGGAGACGUAGAUGUGUUAGGUGUACCGUGCUUACCUCAUUCCCAAACUGGCCCAGUGUGUGUGUGUGUGUGUGUGUGUGUGUGUGUGUGUGAGUGUACGUGCGUGUGUGUGUUUUUUUCUACUACUUUUUGACGCAGGCGUUGGAACAAACAUGCAAGGCUCCCCUAUUGGGCCCUUAAUGCACUGAACAGGAUGGAGGGGAGGGGGGAGGGGGCGGGAGUCUACGUGAGAGAGAGAAAAGAACAACAUAUAUAUUUUUUUAUUUAAAGCAUAAGUUUUUUUUAAAAAGCUCAUUGCAUUUGUAAAAUAUGUACAAGGGAACCUGGGGACUGGCGGCCAUUUUGUCUUGGCCAUUCAAACUCAGACCUCUGGUAGACUGGUUGGCCUGGUGGCUUCCUUCUCUGGACACUGCUGUGACAGAACACCCUUCAGAGCCGUGAGCAGUCAGUCAUGUGAUGGUGAUGUCAUUCUAGCUCCUCCUCACCCCCCCCCCC